ACAGUUCGGCAAUUUUACGUUGUGGCUUCCGGUUACAGCCAUACAACAACCAGCUGUUUGGAUUGGCGGUUUACUCAAUCUGCCCGUUGAAACGUCCAGCUUCAUAGAACCACAACGAAGAGCGGCGAGAACAGAUCUUUCGAAAUGUGUGGGACUCGACCUUUGAUUCUCCUUGUAUACGUCGCCUUACUCCUCUUGUUCGAGCUGAAAUGGAGCAACUGCAGUGCCCAGUGUACUGAGCAGUGGGAGAAAAUCCUUGAGAUUGACCGAGGUGGAAAUACGGUGUAUGGAAGUAAGGUCAAGAUGCGGAAGGCGGUAUCAACAGGCAAGCGCAUCAAAUACUUCUCGGACGAUAUUGACACUGGGUUCGGCGCCGAGUCAGAUGAUUGCCUGCUGGUUGGUCCCCUGCAAAUCGCUUGCCAACUGGUCGGCGGGGUAUUUAGAGCCUCGUGGGACCAAUUCGAUACUGUUGCCAAAUGGGAGGCUUUUCAUCUGUCAACAAGUGGCCACAACUUCAGACUGAAGGAAAACCCUACUGCACGAAUUGAGAUCAGCAAUCGGAGAAGAGGGACUUGGUAUGUAGCCGAAAACACAUGUGAUGGACCCUCAGGUGAGGCAGUAUAUUCUGCCUAUGGCAAUGGGACGGUCAUAUCAGGCAGUUGGGGAAAUUUGGUUCAGGCUGCCUUAUCUGGUGCAAGUCUUCGAGUAGUCGAUUCAUCGCUGGGCCAAGUUGACCGGCGUGUUUACAUUAAUAACUUGGAGGUUGGGGAAAGUGGGUCUUUGGAAAGUACAGCUCUUUCGGGUCAAAGCUUGUGGAGACUAAAUCAGACACGAAUCAGGGCCUUCUACGAGUUUAGCUUGGAUCCUAGCUGGUUAUUUGAGACCUUCAGCGCUAAUGGCAGCAGAGGACGUCACGAAUGGUUCUUAAAGGACCACAUUUCUGCAGGUAUCACUUUGGACACCGUUGAGCUGGCGUGGUAUGCCGAUACGUGCUGGACUGAGGUCUACUCUCAUGAUUCGAGUGGUUCGCAAGUAAAUGGUUCCCUCGCUGAACUCGUGCAGGCCAUUGAAGACGGCCACCGAGUUAAAGUCAUGUUCGAAAAUAUGUUCAUGGAGGUCGAUAACUGUCGAGUCAUUGACGGCCAUGUGUCCGCUCAGCUGGUGUCCCGAGUUAGCAAGAGUGACAUCUCUUCAAUAGAGGCAAACACAUCCUGGGAAUUCGUAAUCCUCAACACCAAAGGAACAGUGAAGACCUACACUCUCUUGGUUUCCGACAGCUCAACACCCGCUCCGGGCUUCUCAAACGUGACCUUAGCCAUUACAUGGUACGUGGACACGAGGACCUGGGUACCGCUAAUGGCUACUGACGCGUCCGGUAAUAUCACCUCAGGCUCCAAGACCAUGAUCAGAGAUGCUGUCACCAGUGGGGCUGAUCUGAGGGUGGGCAUCAAGGUUCCAAUGGACACGGUGCCAGGACAACAGUUUCUAAAAGUUGACAACGUGAGAUUAUACAGUUCUGAUGACACGUCGGGGCAGUCUGUGCGGGCUUUGAAUGAGGUUUAUCUAGGGAGCAGUGAAGUGGAACUGGACGCAAUCCCCUUCUGGUCAUUUCGCAUUAUGGCUACAACAGGAACUGUGUCGACGCUCGGUGCCACUGUUGGGAGAUUACAAGAAGCCAGGAAUAGUCAGUUUGGUCCAUCUGAAAUGGUCUGGUUUGGGUCCUACUAGAUACACUAUGGCACCCCUCUAUAUUUAUAUUUUAAAGGGAUGUUCAAUUUGAUUUCAUUAACUAAAACACACUUUGUGUAGUCACUCUAAAUGAAACAGUCCUUUUUUAAAGACAGAGUCAAAGUCAUGCUGUAUGUUCUGCUGAUACUGAAAUGGAAUCCUUCAUGAACUUUAAAGAGCAACGUGUACUUCAUAUACAUUAUUCACUUUCAGUUGUAAGAAUCUCAAUAUGUAAUAUUUACGGUCAUCAUAUCUGGACAUUUUGUAACAUGUCACUCUGGAAGAUAUGCGAAAUCUGGAAUAAAAAUCACUGAA